GCCCGCCGGGGAGGAGGAAGCAAUGGCGCUCCCGCCCCCGCCUGGGGCCGCGCCCCUGUUCUCAAUCAGGUCCGACUCCACACCAUAACACCCAGGCGCGCCGCGCUCGCUCCUCACUGGUGUCGGGACACCUAGGCUUUCAGCAUGUCUGGCAGAGGCAAGGGCGGGAAGGGGCUCGGCAAGGGGGGCGCCAAGCGCCACCGCAAGGUGCUGCGCGACAACAUCCAAGGCAUCACCAAGCCGGCCAUCCGCCGCCUGGCGCGGCGCGGCGGCGUCAAGCGCAUCUCGGGGCUCAUCUACGAGGAGACGCGCGGCGUGCUCAAGGUCUUCCUGGAGAACGUCAUCCGCGACGCCGUCACCUACACCGAGCAC